GCGUAAUGUUUGUGGGGCAAGAGAACGUUAUGAUUUAACAGAUUUCAGUAAUCGACAUGUCGAAAAGACGUGUUGGCUUAAAUUUAUUUCUUCUAUUCUGGUGUGUUAAAAACCUAUUCGCUGAUGAUCGCAACAAUCUGUUAGAUGAACUAACGAAAACGAAGACACCAGCAUUUUCAAUAGUUCAUGAACAUGAACAUGGUAACAAUCAGCCCAUGGCCCUCUCCAAUGACCUGACACCCAACGUACAGCCUCUCGAACCGCCUCAUGAUAGAAGAGCUUAUCUGCUUUACCAUAUACUAAGGACAACUCAAGAAACUGAAGGCAUAGAUUCUGAAGCUUUGGAAAAAUUUGAAAAGACAGAAAACGUUCUCCGUGAGGCUUUACGCGUUAGAUGUAACAAUUUAAAUACGUGUGUCAAAAGAUGUCCUAAAAAGAAGACUUAUACUUGCAAAUUAUCUUGUCAAGAAGAAUAUGAUGAUUACGAUGUCUGUAACAGACCUAAGAAAGUAUGCAAAAAACCAAGAUGCGGUGUAACAAAACCUCCAUACUGGCUAUUGCGUAAUUUAAAUGACAACGAAUAAACAAUGGAUACAUAUGA